GCACAAUUCAAGGUGUGUGUUACUCGUUUAGCUAUUAUAUUUCUAUCUAAAAAGUAUUGUGUAAAUUUUCCUGUUCAGGAAAUAUCAUUUUCAAUGGAUUCUCAGUUACUGUAUUUCAAGCUAUUACAAACUUAUACAAAGUUUGGAUUCGAUUUUUACUUUUCUAUUCUGAAAGUGUAAUCGCACUGUUGGUCUCGGUACUCGGUAGUUCAAUGGUGUCAUACGCUAAUACUAUUCCUGGUAGUUUAUCUUAAAACUGUUUAUCAUUUUUUUUAUUUCAAGCAAUUACUACUGAUUUAACAUGAGUAACUCAGUGUUAGAAAUGAAUUUCAUUCGUUUACUAUACUGUACCGAAUGUCUAGCAGCACAGAAACAAUUAGGAACCACUUACAAGGACUACGUAAAAACUCUUGAAACAUUUUUUAAUACAUUGACUUCAUCAAAUCAUCGUCCUUCUCCAGAAAAUAUACGUAAAUAUGAAAUAAGGCUAAAAAAGUUAAAGCAGACUUGCGAUACAGUAGAAAAUUCGAAUGUACAGUCUAUUCAUCAUCAUCAUCAUCUAUCACGUAGUGAAAUAAUUGCAACUUCUAAAAUGAAUGAAACCUCUCCUGUUAAUCAUAAUGUCAAUAAGGAAGAUGUAAUUGCUCCUGAAAUAAAUAACUUAUCAUGUAAUAAAAACGAUACUAUAUGCUCUGAAAUAGACAAUCAAUCAAUUAUUCAGGGCACAUUUACUGAUAGAUGUGAUUUGAUCGCAAAAGAACGCCAACGUAUAAAUAGAGAGUUACGAGAGCAAUUAUUAGGUGGAAAUAAAUCCAGCGACAAAAAAUCAUUAAAUCAUAGUAAAAAUGAAAAUCUAACUCAUUCCUCUGGACUUCUUCGUGAACAAGAAAUUCAACGUGAACAAUUAGCUUCAGAAAUGCUGCUAUUAACAACAGAUUUGAAAAAUCAAUCUUCUGCAAUGAGUCAACGAAUUCGCCUGGAUUGUGAAACUGUUGAUGCUAGUAUUGGACAAGUUGAGCGAAAUACCGCAAAUCUUCAUGGUAUAUUAAAUGAAUUAUCAUUAGAGCUUGGUUCCAAAUGUGGUCGAAUUGUAUGGAUUCUAUUUUUUAUUGCGUUAGGUUUAUUUUUAUACAUGAUAUUAUUUAUGAAAAUGUUUCGUAAACGAGUUAUUCAAUCAAAUUCUGUUUAUUCUCCUAAAACAGAGUUAUAA